CCCAGUCCCACCCACACGCGCACACACACUCUCACUCACACCAGUCACUUACUGUAUCUGCUCUUUGUUAUCGCAGCCUCGUGUGUGUGUGUGUUUGCGGAGAAAGGAGAACAAGAAGGAGGGAGUUUGCCUUUUUUCCUCCUUUUUUUUUAACCGGAUUGAUUUCUGACCGAACCGGGAUCUGGUUAGUUUAUCUGCGGGAGGAAGAAGCUGCUGCAGCCGCUUCAGGAACCACAGCCACCGCGGCUUCGUCCACAGUCAAACAAACUGCCCGGAACCAGGGCGACGAUAGAGGGUUACUCUUCUUCCUCCACUCGGUCCUCCUGUCUGUCAACCUCCCUCCAUUUCCGUCGCCCCCCCUCCUCCUCCUCCUCUUCCUCCUCCGCCGCCGCCGCAGUUGUCAACUUGGAGCCGCGCUGGGAAAUGGACAAACCCCUCUGAAGUGGAGCCGCUGCCCGCCUCAUCAACACAGCCGUGAUUCGGACGCGGAUUCCCGGAGUGGAGAGGAACAUGUUGACCACCCUGUUUCAGUGGUAACCCAGAGGAGCAUGCACGUCCAGGUCAGGAGUUAACCCCACUGAGAACUACACUACCCACAAUUCUUGGGAACUGACGGCACAAACUGACGUUGAGAUCGGUUUGAUAAAAGACACUCCGAGGAACAACAACAACUACAACAACACAACUACGCUUCUGUGAAGAGGACCAAAAUGGCCAACAACACGGCGGAUCACCCUCCGGGGAAUUCGGUUGCAGAGGGCAACCAUGACGGGGACUUUGGGAUGGCCGUGACGGAUCUGAGGGACCUGAUGGAGCUGCGGAGCGCCGAGGCCGUCACCUUGAUUCAGGAAACAUACGGGGACGUGCAGGGCAUCUGCCGCCGCCUGAAAACAUCACCGAUAGAAGGUCUGUCUGGUAACCCCGUUGAUCUGGAGAAACGUCACGCGUCGUUUGGCAAAAAUUUCAUCCCCCCCAAGAAGGCCAAGUCGUUUCUGGCGCUGGUGUGGGAGGCUCUGCAAGACGUCACGCUUAUCAUCCUGGAAAUCGCUGCCAUCAUCUCACUUGGCCUGUCCUUCUACCAUCCACCAGGGGGCGACAGUGAAGCAUGCGGCCAGGUAGCAGGAGGCGUGGAGGACGAGGGCGAGUCCCAGGCCGGCUGGAUCGAAGGAGCUGCCAUCCUGUUCUCGGUCAUCAUCGUGGUGCUGGUGACAGCCUUCAACGACUGGUCCAAGGAGAAGCAGUUCCGUGGGCUGCAGAGUCGCAUCGAGCAGGAACAGAAGUUCACUGUCAUCCGCAAAGGCCAGGUCAUCCAGAUCCCUGUGGCCGAACUUGUGGUGGGAGACAUCGCUCAGAUCAAAUACGGUGACCUUCUACCUGCUGAUGGGAUCCUGAUCCAAGGAAAUGACUUGAAGAUUGACGAAAGCUCUCUGACCGGAGAAUCCGACCAGGUCCGCAAAUCUCUGGAGAAGGACCCCAUGCUGCUGUCCGGAACCCACGUGAUGGAAGGAUCCGGCAGGAUGGUGGUGUCAGCCGUCGGCCUCAACUCUCAAACCGGCAUCAUCUUUACUCUCCUGGGAGCCAGCGAGCACGACGAAGAGAAGAAGGUCAAGAAAAGUAAAAAACAAGGACCCCCUGAAAAUCGCAACAAAGCCAAGACGCAGGAUGGCAUCGCCCUGGAGAUCCAGCCACUGAAGAGCGAGGAGGCCGCCGAGUCGGAAGAGAAGGAGGAGAAAGAGGAGGUCAAACCUGUGAAGAAGGUCAACGUGACCAAGAAGGAGAAGUCUGUGCUGCAGGGAAAACUGACCAAACUGGCUGUACAGAUCGGGAAGGCUGGUCUGAUCAUGUCGGCUCUGACCGUCAUCAUCCUCAUCCUCUUCUUUGUGAUCGACACCUUUGCGAUCCAGGGUCGCACCUGGGUGGCUGAGUGCACCCCCAUCUACAUCCAGUACUUUGUCAAGUUCUUCAUUAUUGGUGUGACAGUGCUGGUGGUGGCCGUCCCUGAGGGGCUGCCGCUUGCUGUCACCAUCUCUCUGGCCUACUCUGUCAAGAAAAUGAUGAAGGACAACAACCUGGUGCGUCACUUGGAUGCCUGCGAGACCAUGGGCAACGCCACGGCUAUCUGUUCAGACAAGACGGGCACGCUGACCAUGAACCGGAUGACGGUGGUGCAGGCGUACAUCGGGGACACGCACUACAGAACUGUCCCUGAACCAGACGCCAUCAAACCAGAGACUCUGGAAACGUUGGUCAACAGCAUCUCCAUCAACUCUGCGUACACAACCAAGAUCCUGCCUCCAGAGAAAGAAGGCGGCCUGCCGCGCCACGUGGGCAACAAGACCGAGUGUGCUCUGCUGGGCCUGGUGCUGGAACUGAAGAGGGACUAUCAGCCAAUCAGAGAGGAGAUCCCCGAAGAGAAGCUCUACAAGGUGUACACCUUCAACUCCUCCCGCAAGUCCAUGAGCACGGUGCUGAAGAAUGCUGAUGGAGGCUACCGCAUGUACAGCAAAGGAGCGUCAGAGAUCAUCCUGAGGAAAUGCUCUCGUAUCUUGGACACCCAGGGGCAGCCUCGUAACUUCAAGCCCAAGGACCGCGAUGAGAUGGUGCGCAAGGUGAUCGAGCCGAUGGCGUGCGAGGGGCUGAGGACCAUCUGCGUGGCCUUCAGAGACUUUCCAGCCGAGGCCGGAGAGCCCAACUGGGAGGUGGAGAACGACAUCCUGAAUGACCUCACCUGCAUCGCAGUGACCGGCAUCGAGGACCCCGUCCGACAUGAGGUACCUGAGGCUAUUGCGAAGUGUCAGCGCGCAGGCAUCACUGUACGCAUGGUUACCGGAGAUAACAUCAACACCGCACGUGCUAUUGCUACCAAGUGUGGCAUCCUGCUGCCUGGGGAGGACUUCUUGUGUAUGGAGGGGAAGGAGUUCAACCAGCAGAUCAGAAAUGACCAAGGAGAGGUGGAACAAGAGCGUCUGGACAAAGUUUGGCCCAAACUCCGUGUCCUGGCUCGUUCUUCACCGACAGACAAACACACUCUGGUUAAAGGAAUCAUCGACAGCACGGUGCUCGAGACCCGGCAGGUGGUGGCGGUGACGGGCGACGGCACCAACGACGGCCCCGCCCUCAAGAAGGCUGAUGUUGGCUUUGCCAUGGGAAUCGCUGGCACAGACGUGGCGAAGGAGGCGUCCGACAUCAUCCUGACCGACGACAACUUCACCAGCAUCGUCAAGGCCGUCAUGUGGGGGAGGAACGUCUACGACAGCAUCUCCAAGUUCCUGCAGUUCCAGCUGACCGUCAACGUGGUGGCUGUGAUCGUGGCGUUCACCGGUGCCUGCAUCACACAGGAUUCUCCUCUGAAGGCCGUGCAGAUGCUGUGGGUGAACCUCAUCAUGGACACUCUGGCGUCUCUCGCUCUGGCCACCGAGCCGCCCACUGAAUCCCUGCUGCUGCGCAAACCUUACGGCCGCAACAAGCCUCUCAUUUCCCGGACCAUGAUGAAGAACAUUCUGGGCCACGCCGUGUACCAGCUCGUCAUCAUCUUCACCCUGCUCUUCGCUGGUGAGAAGAUUUUCGACAUCGACUGCGGCCGCAACACUCCCCUGCACUCACCGCCAACCGAGCACUACACCAUCGUGUUCAACGUGUUCGUCAUGAUGCAGCUCUUCAAUGAAAUCAACGCCAGGAAGAUCCACGGAGAGAGGAACGUGUUCGAGGGCAUCUACAAGAAUCCCAUCUUCUGCAGCGUGGUCCUGGGGACCUUCGUCCUGCAGAUCGUCAUCGUCCAGUUCGGGGGGAAGCCGUUCUCCUGCACCGCUCUGACCAUCGACCAGUGGCUGUGGUGCGUCUUCAUCGGAGUGGGAGAGCUGCUGUGGGGACAGCUGAUUUCGGCGAUCCCCACCCACCACCUGAAGUUCCUGAAGGAGGCGGGUCACGGCACCACCAAGGAGGAGAUGCACGCGGAGGAGCUGACGGAGGGCGACGACGAGAUCGACCACGCCGAGAUGGAGCUGAGGAGAGGCCAGAUCCUCUGGUUCAGAGGGCUGAACCGCAUCCAGACCCAGAUGGAUGUGGUCUAUACCUUCCAGACGGGCCAGGCGGCGGUGCCAGGUGCCCUGCGCCGCCAGCCGUCCGUCGUCAGCCAGCACAAUGAUAUUAAGGUGGUGAACGCGUUCCGUAGCUCCCUGCGGCUGGAGAGCCCAGAGUCCCGUAGCUCCAUCCACAGCUUCAUGGCCCAUCCCGAGUUCGUGCCCCUGUCCGAGGAGGAGGCCCGCAACCCCCCCAUCGAGGAGAGCGGCGACGAGAUCGAGCCCCUUCCCAGCGCCUCCUCUGGGGCGACGGGAGGAGGAGAGCCGCCCAGCGCCCUCCCCCCCCGCAGCCAAGAGCCAUCCAUCUGAGCUCCUCCUCCCCAACCUCCUCCAACUCCUCCUCCCUCCUCUUCAUCAGCAUCACGUGUCAUCCCACCAACUGAACUGUCGCACUGAGGAGGGAAGUCAUCACUCCACUCAUUCCUUCAUUCUGCACGCACACGCGCUUCUCCCCACCCCCCCGUCAGCCAUUCCUGCCACGUUGUGUUUUUCAUACUGACUGUGGCGUCGUUCUGCCUGUAAGUCUGCCCCCCCCCCCCAGCCCCAGGCCCCUCCCACCCCCUCCAACCCACCACACACGCCAAUCAGUGGAGGGUGGAAUCUCUCCGCAGCGGAAGAUUUGUCCUGUAGUCCAUUCAUGUAUAUUUUUUUUUUUUUUACCUGAUGAUCCUUUUUGGAAACAGCUUUUAAACACCGUUGGUUUGAAUCCUGGCGGGACUCGCAGCAGCAUGUCGUGUUUCUGUACUCGCUUCAUUUUACCGCUUUCUACGCUCUCUCGAAAAACGGCACCGAACUUUUCAACGAGUGCAGAGGUUCUCAUGUACAUACGCUUCCGCUCUUCUACACAGCUAACAGCCGGGUUUGGUGAUCAGAAGAUUUUUAGGCAAAAAAUUGCAAAAAAUGUGUAACCGUUUUAAUUUUAUUUUUGAUUUUAAACAUUUUAUUAUUUUUUUUAGAUGUUGAGCAUUUUGUUUGUUUUUGAAAAACCCUCUAACGAAUGUUGAUGGAUGGUUGAUUCAAACUCCAGAGAAUGUCUUGUGAGUGUGACACUACAGUCUUCAAGGUUUAAAAGAUGUUCUUCCCUUUAUCGUGUCUGUACGUGUUGGUUCUUUUUCUUUUUCGCUGCUGUUGCAUGUGGAGAAACAGAAUGUUUAUUACCCAAAAAUAUCGAAGCUGAGUGGGCGUCUGACCUCAUCUCAUCCUGUCAGGGUCCUGGUUCUCUCUGCCCCCCCCCUCCUCCCUUAGUAGAUCCACAGCGCUGAUAGGACACAGCCGUGUGGAUCACAACCCCCCCCCCCCUUCUAGUACGAUGCAUGUUCUGCUUCAUUCGUGUUGAGUCGCAUGAUAACUUGGAAUGAAUAGUUGGGAUUCUGUUUAGUCGACCAUCUGUGUGUUAGUCUGCAGCAGCAUCUGUUCGGAGAACUUCUGUCGGACCGAACAUCCUGUUUCCACCACAGCUCGGGAUCAGACUCAUCAGUACUCAGAAGGAAAGUGUCGCGCGGCGGUUACAGCCUCCUCGCGCUCGACAGCAGGACGGUGGGUGUCCACGUACAUGGACGUUCUCCACACGCCCGCUCUCUUGUAGGCGAAGCACAAUCUGUGUAGAGUCCACGUGGUCCAGAUCUCGGGGAAAGUGAUUCACCAGUGCCGGGUUGGAAGGUGCCAGAACACAUCACAGCCCACAUUGGGUGAAAGGCUGGGUUCGCCCCAGUCUGCUCUGCUCCUCCUCUCAACCCGUUUUUCCACCGGUCACAAAAACCCACCAACGUCUGAAAUGUGAGAAAUACCAAUACACCAACAGAAACGAAUCUAAAAUGUGAUUUAUCAUCCGUUCUCCAUCUCGGUUUUUGACGUUAACUUCCGUAGAUUGUCAAGUCGUUGGUGAGAGGCUCUGACUGGAUAAGACCGUGAUCACUGAUGCUGUGAGGGGACCACCACCCGCUGCUCCACUGUGUCAUCCUUUCUUAGAUUUCUUCAGAUUUGAAUGUGGUGUCAAAGACGAGAACAUUUAGGUUGAGAGUAUCGAUGAGUCUGUUCCGCUUGGCGGUGCAGGUCGUCCUGUUCGACAGACACAACAUAUAUACUUAUAUCUCUGAACAGGUUCUGGACUGUGUGUCUGUGUCAAAGACCAAUCCUAGUACGGCAUCCCAUGUCUCCCUCGUUUGUCCGAUUUUACUAACAGAAACGAAAUUGGCUGUCAGUGACCUCCCACAGCCGCAGCAGAGGAGGAGCUUGAUCCUCCUCAUCAUCGUCCCUCCCUGCUGGCGCUGGGUUUGAUUGACAGACGUCAGUGUGGCGGCCACGCUGAGGUUUAUGGAAGUCCAGAUGAUUUCAGCCUGUAGAGUUAAAUCCACUGUGUGACCGUGUACUUCCUGCCUGUUGUCUGCAGAUUAAAAGAAGAAGGAAUCAUCCUCCAAUCAGAAGCAGCAAAGCGUCUAACCCCCUCUCAGCCGGUGUCCGACCCGUUGUAUCGUAGGGACGUGCUACUGCCAUAUUCCACUUUCUGUCACGACUAGGUUCCUCCCCCGCUGACGAGCUUUUUCUAUGUAACUCAGAGCCAUAUUUUAUAGGUUGUCUGUAUUGUUUUUUAUCUCAUUGUUCUCGAGGUUUCCUUUGGACUUUCUCACCCACGACCCCCUCUGACCCCUGACUCCCCCCAACCCCCCCACUCUCCCGGCCCUUUACUCCAAACAUGACCAAAAAGCAAGGAGAAAAUCUUCAGUCGUCACUGCCGAAUCCAAGAUAAAGGACCUCUACAAUGUUUACAUGAAAAGCGAGUGGGUGGCAGUUCGCCUGCGCUUCUCUCAUCCGACCAUUUCCCUUUCAUUCCCUUGCUUUCCAGAAUCUUAAAGUUACUAUUUAACUGAAUGGGGAAUCUUUCUUGCAUGGUUUUCAUAUAAAAUUCAAUGUUUUGCUCAUUUUUUACAAUUCUUCUGUAUUUUUAUAUUAAGUACUUUUUAAUAUUUUGGAGAUAUAUGAAUAUAUAUGUAUAGGCUGAAGAGUUUGGUGACAGUACAGUACAUGAAUGAGAUGAAUCCAACGUGGACUCUUUUUACAGCUCGCUAAAUAUUUAUGCCACGUGUGUCGUCUUGGUCACCUGAUGUUAGGGCUCAGAAAUCUGCAGUGACUUGUUUACUUCCUGUCGGCCGCUCAAUUGGAAUCUCUACAAUCUAUUCUCAUCAGCCCCCUUUUCCCACCUGAUCUAAAUGUUGUGACACACUACACGCUAUGUGAUUUCAAAGUUAUCCGUCUCCAUUAGACUUCAGCAAAUGCAACAUGAAUACAGCUAACUGUAUCAACCAUUAAAUGGGAGUGUAUAAUUAUUUAUCCAACCUCUGGAUUCCCUUGUUUUCUUUAAGCUACUACAACUUUCUUUUGAAUCAAUGAUGUUUUCCGUCUGGUCGGAGGUGACGACUUUAAAGACGAUCGGAGCUUGUGUCCCACUUCAGGAUGCCCCCCCCCCCUCCCAACGGGGUCAUGUCUGCACCUCAGACACAACAAAACUGAGACAGUAACCUGACAGGCAAAGUCAGUCAUAAUCAUCAAACAGUCAAAAGUUGUAUCCCAGGAUGAAACCAAGAAAAUAAAACACCCUGAUUCUGUAUUAUUACUUUUUUAGAGACCUGGGCCUUGUUCUCUAAAACCAUCUUAAAGCUUCUCGAUACUAAUGUCCAGAGAGGACAAAUGAAGCCUGAACUUAACCCUAUGCAGGUUAUCACAAUGCAAGAUACACAAUCCAAUUUUUGAAACUAGACUUAAUUUAAAGAAUAGUUGUGUUAAAAGUAGAUUUACCAAACAGGUACGUUCCUAUAAACCUCUCUAUGACCUGUCAGUCAAAUGCAAAGUGGCGCCUGUUGAGGCCAACGCCGCGAUGUCUUUCCCAAAGUGUAAAUAAAGCUAAACGCGGAGGUUAGUGUACGUGGACCUUGAUUCACAAAGCCUAACCAGUUCUGUCUGACUGAAUUGUUCCCUGAGGGGGCGGGGCCUGUGGCGGGACAAAGCUUCAGCCGUGAACGUUGUCACCGUUUUAAGCGACUCUCGUGGCAUCAGAAGCGUUUGUGAUGUCACUGUGGGCGUGUCCAUGAGACGCAGCAUCCAAAACGUUUCCUUUGUUUCUGUUGCUGAAUCUGACAGAACAGCUGUUCCCCUACGAUCAGUGCAAUGUAAAUAUAGUCGUGCAAGUGAAGGAGUGAACCUGCUCUUUGUGAGCGACAGGAAAUGGGAGGGGGGGGGGGGGGCAUCAGCCAAUCAUCACCUAGCAAAGCUUUAAGAGUGUUCUGCCAAAGCCGUUUUCUCAUCGUGUUCCUUCUUCUGCGCAAAUCUGUGUGGACGCUUUGUGGUCACGUGACUCCCCCUUGCCCCUCCCACACCCCUGCCCAGCCCCGCCCCUCAGCCUGGAUAAGAUUGUCCCUCUGCUCUUGCCAUGACCUCGGUGUGGCUGUGGUGGUCGUCUGUUGGACCGGUUGCCCUCACAUCUCCACGCCAGGCGCACAGUGCAGCCCCCGGCCCAUCAGAGACCCCCUUUCUUUUUGUGUUUCUGGCUUCAGCCACGUCACAAAUCAAAUCACAAGGACGAAGCAGGACGAGACUCAGCAGCAGACGGAAAGUCUUCACCUGGUUUUAGUUUUCUGAAGGUUUCGUUUGUGGACAUCAGAGCUCAGUUUGCCCGUUAGGACUUCAGUACGGAGAAGGAACUCUGCUUUUGAUCAGCUCAUCGCUGCUUCUUCUUCCAGUCGCUGGAUUCUAAAGGAAAUCUUUGGAGAACCUUCACAUCCACUUCAGAAUUCACACUUUAAAAAAAAGAACUGGAAUAUCACACCGGGAAAAAGUCAUAACCACCCAACAUAUAUAUCUAUAUAUUUAUAUGAUUUAACUAUAUAUGUAUAUCUAAUAUAUAUAUUAGAUAUGAAUACAUUAGUAGGUAUAUAUUAGAUAUAAAUAAAUAGAUAUAUAGAUAUAUAUGGUUUCUCAGUUGAACUUUAUUGCAAAAAAAGACUGAAAAUGAUUUGUUUUCUGUAAUUACUAUGAUACACAGUAAUAGGCGUUGGUGUUAUUUUUGUAUAAACAUAAUAUCAUCUAUGUGGCAUGCAUGACAUAUAUACAAAUUUGGUGGUUUAAAGCAAUAUGUCCAACCUGGUGCGAUUGGUUCUGUCGUGUUCUGUGUAGCCUAAAGCCACUCUGUACAAAAAGAGAUAAAAAAAAAGAGUAACUGCAUUUGGAUAAAACUAACUGUUCAGUAUAUGUGUUCAAUGUUCUGUGUUCUGCAUGUUUUAGUAUGGAAUGAAACAUCACAAAUGUUUGACUUGUUUUCAGAAUGAAUCUCAAACACAUGCCCCAGACACACGCACACACACACUCACGCUCACACACAUGUAUUUGCACUGUGAGGUGAAACACACGGAGGAAAAUUAAAACUGUGAUUUCUGAUGGGUGGAUUGAUGAAA